GAGAGAGACUUGAUGCUAAGCCAGCGUCAAUCCUGUGUGUGCACUUUGAGGACAAACAUUCAGCCAACACUGCAGCAGCAACAACAUAUUUCUUGGCUCUUUUCCCUUGGAUGACAUUUUUUUUCUUUUCAAAUCUGAUUUGUUUUUGGGAGUUUGGUGCUCAGGAGGUCUUUUCCCCGCAGGAAGACAAACCUUGCUGGUCAUCAUCGGCGUCCAGGGGAGCAGAGCGGGAGUUUUGUUGAUGACAACAUGUCUGGUUCAGAUCCCGAGGUGAGCUGACCUUAGUCCUCGUCAUGCCGAGAAGGAAACUACCGGAAAAGAAUCCCAAAAUGUUGCCUGCUCACUUCAGCCUGAUGUUCCUCACCUCCUUACUCCUCUUCAUACAGCUUCCAAGUCAGCAGGUCCUCUCCAUCUGUGUCACCAGGAGGGAGGAGGACAAAUGUUUGGAAAUGAUGGCUUUAAACCACCCUGGAAACCAUUCAGAAUUUGGGUGUCCGUGGAUGUGGGACAACCUGACCUGUUGGCAACCUGCCAGGAUCGGGGACGUGGUUCAGGUCACCUGCCCUGACAUCUUCUCUCACGCCACCAGCAAGGAAGACUUUGAACUGGGGACGAUCAGUCGAAACUGUACUGAGUUUGGAUGGUCGGACACGUUCCCUCACUACUACGACGCUUGUUUAGACCAGCCAGGAAACAACACUCAUCCGGAAAUGCACUUUCUGUCAGUGAAGGCUUUGUACACAGUUGGCUACAGCACGUCUUUGCUGUCCCUCACCACAGCCAUGGUCAUCCUGUGCAGGUUCAGGAAGCUGCACUGUACCAGAAAUUUCAUCCACAUGAACUUAUUUGUGUCCUUCAUCCUGAGAGCUAUUUCUGUCUUCAUCAAAGAUGGCGUCUUAUACUCCCAGGACAGCGAGCACUGCUUCGUACACACUCUGGAAUGUCGAUCAGUGUUGGUGUUCUUCCAUUACUGCGUCCUCUCCAACUACUUCUGGCUCUUCAUCGAGGGUCUCUACCUCUUCACUCUGCUGGUGGAGACCUUCUUCCCGGAAAGAAGAUACUUCUACUGGUACAUCGGCGUGGGCUGGGGAGCUCCCACCCUGUGUGUGACCGUCUGGGCCGUGCUGAGGUUUCAUUUGGAUGAUAUUGGCUGCUGGGACAUGAACGACAAUGCUGCCAUCUGGUGGGUAAUCAAGGGACCUGUGCUGGCCUCCAUCAUGAUCAAUUUUGUCCUCUUCGUUGGCAUCAUCGUCAUCCUCGUUCAGAAACUGCAGUCUCCAGAUAUCGGAGGAAAUGAGUCCAGUAUUUACUUGCGGUUGGCACGUUCCACUCUGCUGCUGAUUCCUCUCUUCGGGAUCCACUACACUGUCUUUGUCUUCUUACCCGAGAACGUCAGCAAGCAGGAGAGGCUGGUGUUUGAGUUGGGCCUGGGAUCCUUCCAGGGCUUCGUGGUUGCUGUCCUCUACUGCUUUCUGAACGGAGAGGUGCAGUCGGAGAUGAAGAGGAAAUGGCGCAGCUGGACGGUGAACAGGUACUUUGCUGUGGACCUCAAGCACCGACAUCCUUCGCUGGCCAGCAGUGGCGUGAAUGGAGGGACACAGUUGUCCAUCCUGAGCAAGAGCAGCUCCCAGAUCCCAAUGUCCAGCCUGCAGGCAGAGACACCAGCAUGCUGAGGACACACACACACACACACACACACACACACACACACACACACACACACACACACACACACACACACACACACACACACACACACACACACACACACACACACACACACACACACACACACACACACACACACACACUCACACACUCCCACACACACACACUCACACACACACACACACACACACACACACACACACACACACACACACACACACACACACACACACACACACACACACACACACACACACACACA